AACGCGUCUCGCAUAGUCUACAUAGAACAGGGUGCCGUACUAGAAGAGGGAACGCAUAUGGAACUGCUGGAAAAGAAGGGGUUAUAUUGGAAAUUGGUACAAGACGAUAUGACUCACAAGAGUGCCAUGUCAGCUUUGAGUGCGGAAGAUGAAACCGACGAAGUGGAAGAAAUGCCCAAGGAAACUUUCAAGAGAGCUUCACUGCAGAGACGCUCGACACAUAGAGAGAGUCUAUGAUCCGAGGCAGCAUGCGUAUGGGCUCCAUAUCGUCCGCUCUCCCCGCACCGGAUAUACUGAAUCACGUCAACGCAGAACUGGAUACAGACGAGGACGUCCCUGAAGUGUCCACCUGGUCUCUGAUCAAACUGAACGCUCCCGAAUGGAAGUUGCUAGUGGGAGGAGCGGUCGCCUCGCUCCUGGUGGGCGCCACUAUGCCGACCUUCGCUCUGCUACUGUCAAAACUAUACGGGAUGUUCUCAUGGGGGGACCGGUCGCUGAUCCUGGCGGAGUCGAGCCGGUACUCGUGGUACUUCCUGGCGGCGGCGGCGGCGUGCGGCGCCGUCACCUUCCUGCAGACGUGGCUGUUCUCGCGCGCCGGACUCCGGCUCACCGACAGACUCCGGAACCUCUGCUUCUCCAACUAUCUCAGACAGGAGCAAGCCUGGUUCGACUCCCCGUCCAACUCCGUGGGCGCGCUCUGCGCCAGACUCUCCUCGGACUGCGCCGCGGUGCAAGGCGCCACCGGGACCCGCCUGGGGACGAUACUCCAAGGAGUCAGCACCAUGGCCAUCGGAGUGACCCUCGCCAUGUUCUACUCCUGGAAGAUGACCCUCGUCAGCCUGCUCAGCGUGCCCUGCGUGAUGGGCGGCAUCUGCCUGGAGGGCUGGGCCACGCGGCGCGCGGAGGAGGCGGAGCGGCGCGCGCUGGAGGGCGCCGCGCGCGCAGCCGCCGAGGCCGUGCUGCACGUGCGCACCGUGCAGGCGCUGGGUAUGUACUGCGCUAACAUCGGCCCGCGCGCGCUCGCGGCGAGCGAUCAGCUGACUAACGUUCGGUCCCCUGCAGGCGUGGAGCGGACGAUGCUGCAGCGCUACACGGCGGCGCUGCGCUCGUCCCGGCCGGCGGCCGCGGGGCUGUGGGUGCGCGGGGGGGUGUACGGCGUGUGCCUGUGCGCGCCCACGCUCGGGUACGCGGUGUCGCUCGCGUACGGCGGGGUAUCGGAGGCUCUCAUCUACGGAGCGUGGAUGUUGGCCGAAGCGUUAUCGUUCGCCCCCAACUUCGCGGCGGCGAAACGUUCCGGAGCGCGGAUCAUACAAGCACUAGCCAGGAAGCCGACGAUCGUCACAGAGAGUACAGCCAAGGAGGAACCCGGAUGGACUACCCGGGGCGAUAUAGAGUUUUCAAACAUCGAGUUUCGUUACCCGAGUCGGCCCCAGGUGCCUGUCCUCCGCGGGGCGUCCAUACAGCUGCAGGCGGGGAAAACCCUGGCCCUCGUCGGAGCGAGUGGGUGCGGCAAAUCUACUCUUGUACAACUUUUGCAAAGAGGAUACGAUCCAAAUAACGGGACCAUUCGUCUGGACGGGCGGGACAUAAAGCGCGACCUGACGCUGCCGCAGCUGCGGGCGCAGUUCGGGCUCGUGCAGCAGGAGCCGGCGCUGUUCUCGCGCAGCAUCCGCGACAACAUCGCGUACGGAGACAACACCAGGGACGUGCCGCUGGAGGAGAUCAUAGAGGCCGCCACUAAGGCCAACGUGCACUCGUUCAUCGCCGGGUUGCCGCUGGGCUACGAUACAGAACUGGGCGGCGGCGGCGCGUCGCUGUCGGGCGGGCAGAAGCAGCGCGUGGCGAUAGCGCGCGCGCUGCUGCGGGACCCACGCGUGCUGCUGCUGGACGAGGCCACCUCCGCACUGGACGCCAACAGCGAGAAGGCGGUGCAGGCGGCGCUGGAGGCGGCGGCGGCGGCGCGCUCCACCGUCGUGAUCGCGCACCGCCUCGCCACCGUGCGGCGCGCGCACCAGAUCGCCGUCAUACAUCAAGGUGUGGUAGCAGAAAUCGGCUCCCACGAGGAGUUAGUGCGUAAACGUGGCCUGUACUGGGAGCUGUUGAAACAGCAAGCUCCCGCGGAGGCAUCGUAGCGCCCGUCGAGGCGCAGUUCCGUCGCACCGGUGUACCUUUGAAUUUCACUAAAGCUUUAGGAGACGUUUUUAUUAACGUUGCAGAAAGUUUCGAUUGUAAGACAUUUUUUAAGUUAACGGAUUUUGGAGAUACAGGGAGUGUUUAAUGAGUAAACGAUCGAUUUGAUUUUAAUAAUUAUACACGACUAUAUUAUAGUACUCAUAAUAAUAUAUGUAAUUUCUACAAUCGAUUUUGAGCUUAACUGUCAAAAAUUAAGGUACAAACAAAAUAAAUAAUAACAGCCAAUAAUUAAGUAAAUAAAAGGUGUAUCACGAUUAAUUUUGCGAAAUUGCAAAGUUAAUCCUAAUAGUUAUUGUAUAUUUUAUAUACCACUAAAAGAUCUCCUAAUUCGUACUUAAAUUCGUGUAUCUUCAACUCGAAUACGAUCGAAUCAAAUAAGAACUCAUGUAGAACCAUUUGAAAAAUUUAGUUUUAGGAAAACCCUCAUUAAUGCUAGAGAGAGCUAUAUUUAUUGUGUUCACUGAGCUCAUAUUAAUAUUUAGACUAGGAUUUUCAUUGCGAAUAGCACAAUCGUACGAUUGCUACAACGAAUUUUUCUCAAUAACAUUAAUUAUUGUUGUGAGUAGGAAGUCCAAACUUAGGAGAUUUCCUUAAGUAUUUAUUAUACAUUUAUUGAAAUGUAUUUUUGUACUUAUAAUACAUGUACCUAUAGGAGAAUAACCUAAUCAUGGAUUCAUUAGUUACUAGUAAUACACUCGAUAAACUUUAAUUAUAUACAAAUGAAUAUGUCUUUCAAAAUAAUUUCAAUCAAUUCUUUUGAAAGCAAUAGCAAUUAGUGCCAUCCUCAAAAAUAUGUUUCAUUUAGUAUAUUGCAUUCAUAUAGUUCAUUUUUAUUAUUUUUUUUGCAAACCUCGAUGACAUCUUCAGAGAAAAAAAAAUCGUAAAUUUUUCUAUAAAAAGGAAAUAUAUUUAUAUUUUUAAAUUGAUAAAAAAGGCCAUUCUUAAUCAUUAGCAUUUUUCAAUAAGAAUAUGAAAAACAUAAGUUCGCUACAUGUUAAGGAUAGCCUCUUUUAUGUGUGCUUACUAGUUGUUGAAUAAAACAAGAAAAGCUACAAAGGGGGUGCACAAAAUUAAAACGCUUAUUUUUACCGACCGGUAACAAUCGGUACAAAAUUCUAGCACCCUUAAUACAUUAUUGCUUUAUUGCAAUCUCUAAAUAUUGUAUUUAAUUAAUAAUUAAAAAAUGUGAUAGUUUUCGCUUUCGCUUAGUACAAUUUGUAGAAAUUUACUCAGAACCAAAUAGAAUUUAAGUAUUAGGGAUUAUGUUUCACAUCCGAGUUGGACACUAAGAUAAUUAUUCUAUGACUGUGAUUAGUUUUAAAUUUGUUUUGUAAACUGUAGAUAUAAGUUUUGAUUUUAUUUAUAUUAUGCUUAUAAAAAAGCAAGUUUACAUUAAAUUUCGAAUGUGAUAUUAUUAAAAAUGGAAAUAAAACAAUUUACUCUG